AUGAAUAGGAGUAACAGUAAAAACAAGACAGCACAGCGGUUGCACUCCCUCUCACUCUCAGUGCACCUCUCUAACAUUCGAGGUUUGCACUCCAAUCUCGUUGCAGUCCACCACCAUCUUGAGACUGAGAAACCGGCCCUACUGUUCCUCUCGGAGACGCAGAUCGGCAGCCCGUCUGACACAGCAUACUUGUGUUACCCGGGUUAUACCUUGGAGCAUAAUUUUAAACCACAUGCGGGUGUUUGCUUAUAUGCCCGCGACGACAUAUGCUGCCGGCGUCUUCGUAAUCUUGAAGAUCCUAGCUUCUCUAACUUAUGGGUUUUAGUGGACACAGGAGUGGAGAAAAUUCUUUAUGUCUGUGUUUACCGUUCGCACAGCGGAGAUCUGGAGACAACCAGGCUUAUUCAACACCUUAGUGAGGCGGCUGAUGCGGCUCAGCACCGGUAUCCUACUGCUCAAUUGGUAAUGCUGGGGGACUUUAACGCCCACCACCAAGAGUGGCAAUUCCCAUACCAGCACACUGACCACGCUGGUAGAGAGAUUCGCAAUCUCGCUUUAGCGCUCAAUCUCACCCAGCUGGUCCGGGAAGCAACCAGGGUACCCGAUGUUGACUCGCAUACUGCCAACUGUUUGGACCUUUUCCUGACAACAGAUCCUGACCGCUAUUCGGUUUCGGUCUCAUCGCCUUUAGGCAGCUCCGACCACUGUCUGGUGAAGUCCAUAUCCGUCCAUUCACCGCCCUUACCCUGCUCCAAAGGCACCCGUAGAAUAUGGCGAUACAAGUCAGCAAACUGGGAGGAGAUGCGUUCUUUCUUUGCAUCGUACCCAUGGCGACAGAUUUGCUUCUCCUCCGAUGAUCCCUCAUCUUGUGCGAAUGCUGUGGCUGAUGUUCUGCGUCAGGGAAUGGAGUAUUACAUACCAUUCACUGACGCAUCAGCAUCCGUGGCAGCUCGACCCUGGUUUAAUUCUGACUGUUCUCGUGCUGAAGCAGAAAAGAACACUGCUUACUUGGCCUGGGUCGACGCUCGUAACCGCAAGACAACAGACGUGGGUCAGAGGAAGAAAGCCUAUAACAGAGCCGCUAAGUCCUGCAAGAAGGCUCUGCGGAAGGCUCGAUUUGACCACAUUGGCAGAAUUGGGACUAGACUUGCGUCAUACCCACCUGGUAGUAAAGCCUUUUGGUCCCUGGCUAAAUCGGUCGAAUCGAACUUCUGUCGCCCCUCACUACCUCCACUGAUAAAACCCGAUGGAUCACUAGCCCACACCGCUGAGGAGAAGGCAAACUUGUUUGCAAAUCUCUUUGCGGAAUCCUCGCGUCUUGACUUAGGAAGCGCCACACCUCCAACUUCUUCGAUUCGAUGUUUUGGAGCUAAAAAGGUCUUAGAUAAAAACUGGCCGGUUUUAAAUGAGCAUUGCGAAAUUGCUCCUAAAUCAAUUAGUUUAGAUAUCGAUUUGUUCAUAAGAAAAUAA